AUGGAGCUCGGGGCCAGGAUGGAGCCCCGCGCGGGGGCCUGCCAGUACGCCCAUGUGCAGCUGCAGGGGGGCGCGCCCUGGGGCUUCACUCUCAAGGGGGGGCUGGAGCACGGCGAGCCGCUCCUCGUGUCCAAGAUUGAAGAUGGAGGCAAGGCUGCCCUGUCCAGGAAGAUGAGAAUCGGAGAUGAGCUGGUGAAUAUCAAUGGUACCCCAUUAUAUGGCUCCCGCCAAGAAGCACUCAUCCUCAUAAAGGGUUCCUUCCGGAUCUUGAAGAUGAUUGUCAGGAGGAGAACCACCCCCCUGGCCAGGCCACAUUCAUGGCACGUGGCCAAGCUGCUGGAGGGGCGUCCUGAGGCGGCAGCGACUGCCGCCAUGAACUUUCCUGAAGACCCCUUCAGCUUAUCCUGGCAUUCAGGCUGUGACACCAGUGACCCAUGUGUGCAGUGGUGCCCACUGUCUCGUCACGGCAGCACUGAAAAGAGCAGCUCCAUUGGCAGCAUGGAAAGCCUGGAACAGCCCGGCCACGUGUGCCAGGAGGGCCACGUCUCCCCUGUGGAGCAGAGCACGUAUCAGAGUCAGCGAGAUUCGGCCUAUAGCUCCUUCUCCGCGGGCUCUAGUGCAUCAGACUACACCCUACCCCUGCGGCUGGAGGAGACGGCAGUCUCGGACUGCAGCCCUCUGGGCCACGGGCCAGCCAAGGGCCAGGAUGACCUCUACCUACACACAGGGCCUGAUGGGGAAGAGACCAUAGGGGCAGCGGGGCCAUCAGGCCACCAGACGCCCAGGUCCCAGCCUUCACCCAGCCCCCAGGAGGGUCCUGGCUCUGGCUCUGCUCAAGUUGCAGUGGCCCCCACAGGCCCUCCCCAGCCUCCGGUAAGGCGAGACAGCCUCCGAGCCUCCAAGACCCAGUUCCGCCAGACAGAGAAGCGCAGGGCUUCAGUGCCAGGCGGAGCCUUAUACACAAAGGAGAGAUGGAAUUCCGAGACCUCAUUGUCUUCAGACAUCCCUCCUGGGCCCAGCUGCCCCUGUAGUCAGGUCCGGGAGCCCCAUGAGGGCCACUGGAAGGAUGGUCCGGCCCAGGAGCAAUACUGUGUGCUGAGCCAUCCCUCAGGGUUGGGCCACCGUGAAUCCAGGCUACUGCCGAAGGAGAGCCCUCAAAGGACAGGGUGGCCUGGCCAGGACCAAAUCAGGGAAGAGUACCCACCAUCCCACGGCCCUGGUAGAGGGCCUGAAGUGAAAGAGGCGGCCAAGGCUGCCCUGACUGCCAUCCCUGCCCACCUUACUGGACUGACAGGCCACCGCCACAGUGCUCCCGAGCAGUUGCUGACCUCUCAGAUUCGAUCUCUGCGCCUCAAUGUGGAGAGGGACGAGAACAGUGAAGGGACUGAAUUGCAGGCCAAGCAGGAGGGGCACUGCUGGACCCUGUCCCCCCUCCACAGUGCCCAUGUGGGGCAGAAGAGUCCCUGCCACCCAGCGGCAGGAGCCCAGAACAAGCCCGGUGAGAAGCGGAUGGUGGGAAAGGCGGGCAGCCAAGCUUUGGCUCCAGAAAGCUCGGGUCAGAGCAGCCCUACUCCAGGGGGCGCCUCCUGCAGUCGUCAGGAGGAAAGCGCCCCCAGCGAACCAGUCACCGUCCAGCUCUCUGGCCUCCCCGAUGUUCCUCAGCAGGCCGUCUCCAAGCCAGCAAGCCAUGCGGGCACAACACAGGAGGAGGGCACGGAGACCGCCAAGAGCAAGGGCCCAGAAAAUGUGCGCAGGAGUGGCUCACGCUACCGCUCCGCUCAGCAGAGACGCAGGAGCGAACGCUUCGCCACCAACUUGCGAAAUGAGAUCCAAAGGAGAAAGGCCCAGUUGCAGAAGAUCAAGGGCUCUCUGGCCCUUGUCGGUGACCUGGAGGAGCCGGAGCCUGUGGAGGAGACAGAUGAGCCUGCUGGAGAGCCCUCGAGACCACCAUCUCCUGAGGCUCCCAAAGCCGCCCCUGUAACUGCCCCAUCUCCCCAGCCUCCGGCUCCUACCCCAGCUCCAGAGCCCACCCCGCCUCUCCCUGACCCUCCCCAGGCACCCACACCGGCUGCUCACCAGAGACUGGCUAGCCCAGGAGAGCGGUUGUCUGAUCAGCCCCGACCGAAAGGUAACAUGCUGAGGGCCAGAUCCUCAGAGUGCCUCAGCCAGACCACAGAAAGCCGAGAAUUGAGGACGCCACUGAAGGGCCCUGGCCAGAGUCCCUGGCAGCCUGCAGCUGGACUCCACCCCUGGUGCAAGGCUCCUGGGCAUGACCCUUCCAAGGCCGGGUCCCAGCCUGGGGUUCGGGGAGGCCGGUGGCGGUGGUCUCCAGAGCGGAAACUACAGCCUCAACUGAUGCCAAUCUCAAGUAGUGUUUUGAACCUGAGAGAGGAGAUGAGCGUCACUUCUGGGGAGGAGACCAUCUUCGUGCCUUUUGCAGAUAGGAAGAAGAUUUUCGAAGACACCAGCAAGACCUUGCCACCAGCCUCAUCCCUUGGACACAGUAAAACCUUUACCCUGAGGCCGAAGGCAGUCGACCCACCUGCCUUCCAGCCCACGAGCACCAGCUACAGAGACCUGAGACGUCAUUCAGUGGACCAAGCUUAUCACUCCUCGGCCUCCCUGGCCCCAGAACCUGCCACUUACCCAGAAUGCUUUGUGAACAAGGAGCUGGAGCAGCCUGUGUGUUACCAGCCCCUGGCACACUGUGGGGAGUUUGAGUGCCUCCGGCCUUGCUCCUAUGCCUGUGGUAUUCCGGGAGCUGUGGGCCACGACACAUGCACCUACUGCCCCGUCCUGGUGAAGAGAAGCAUGCUUCCAGCCCACCGCAGCUACCGCUGCCACCACCAGCAGUUGGCUCGCUGUGCAGCCUGCUGUCACCCUGGUCCCCAGCACAAGGCUGGGGAAGAAAGCAGCCCUUCCUGGAAGGCCCGGAACUCCUCACUGAAGGAGGUUCCUCCGGAUGAAUGGGAAUCGACGAAGAUCAACAGGAAGGCUGGCCAGCCUCCGAGGGACCGGUCUCAUUAUAAGAUUGGCUGCCCCCGCUCUUGCUUUGAGAACCCCGGGCGUGAGUGGGCAGCGUGCUACCGAGUGGCCUCUUCCCUCGACCUCUUGUGUGACUACGAUCACUCAGUGGGGACCCUGAUGGGCAGUGCCGUCUAUGAGCAAGGCAGUCUGGCGCCUCCAUUGCCCCAUCCGCUUCGGGGUCGGGCCUUCUCCGAGAGUCACAUCAACUUGGAGCCCCCAACCACACGGGCCAGAGAGAGAAGAGAGCUCCUGGCCAAAGUGGAUGAGACCCGGCCGGAUCCUCUGGGAGCAAGAAAGAAAGCCCCGCCUCCCCCCCGGCCCCCGCCUCCCAACUGGGCGAAGUUUAAGGGCAACUGGCUCGCUUACCACUCCCAGUAUGCUAGCUUAGAGAGCUCGAGUGGCCGGAGGUCUGACACAGCCUUGGAGCAGCCUCGCCCUCAGGGAGGCCAGGCGGAGGUGGUGAGGAAGCGGUCCCAGAGCCUCCCUCCAGAGCCACUGCCCAGAGACAGGACUGGGCCGGAGCAGCCUGGUCCUCAGUACUACCAUCCUGGUGGAGUAUGGAGGAUGCCAGACCCUGCCACCUCAGCCAGAUCCGAGAGAUCUGUAGAAGAGCAGCCAAAAGCCAAAGCCGCCUGGAGCCAGGGCCGCUCCCCUGCAGAGGAACAGUACCGCCUGGUUAACUGGAGCCCAGAGCAGCAAAGGCUCAGCCCUGCUGGCCUUGCCACAGAGGAAUCUGGGCCUGUUCAAGACAUCACUGAGGUUGAGACCUGCCGUGUGGUCUCGACUCGGAAGUCAGCCCCGGCCCGUGUGAGCUCAGAGGAGCUGAUGAGAGAUGUGGCAGACAGAGAUCGGUCACUGGCUGGCAUACUGAGCUCAGCCUCCAACAUGGUGACAGUUGCGGAGGUCAUGGGUGACCUCUUCCCCACCGAUGAGCCGUCUUGGAAAAAACAUUUGGCAAGAAAGAGACAGGAGGUAGCCAAGGAAAGGCAGGAAUUCCAACCCAUCUCCCCGCCGCCAUCGACCGGCAGCUUCAGCACCCCCACCAGCCCCAUCAGCCCCACCAGCCCCACUUGCCCCACUUCCUACUCUGCCUACUACAACACCUCGGCUGGCAAGGCAGAGUUGCUGAACAAGAUGAAGGAGUUGUCCCAGCUGGCCAAGGACUCCCUGGGAGAGGCCGAAGUGGACCACGAGCUGGCUCAAAAGAAGUUGCAGCUCAUUGCCAGCAUCAGCAAGAAGCUGUCGGUGCUGCAGGAAGCCCAGAGGGGGCUACUGGAGGACAUCAGUGCCAACACGGCCCUGGGGGAGGAGGUCCAGGCAGUGCUGAAAGCCGUCUGCAAGGCCAAUGAGUUUGACAAGUUUCGCUUGUUUAUCGGGGACCUAGAUAAGGUGGUGAACCUGCUGCUCUCACUUUCUGGGAGGCUGGCCAGGGUGGAGAAUGCCCUCAACAGCCUGGACCCUGAGGCCACUCAGGAGAAGCUUGCACUGAUGGAGAAGAAGCGGCAGCUGACGGAACAACUGGAAGAUGCCAAGGAGCUCAAAGAGCACGUGGACCGGCGGGAGAAGGCCGUGUAUGGCACAGUGUCCCGCUACCUGCUUCAGGAGCAGCUCCAGGACUACCUGCACUUCGUCAAGAUGAAGUCAGCCCUCAUCAUGGAGCAGCGGGAGCUGGAGGAGAAGAUCAAGCUCGGGGAGGAGCAGCUCCGAUGUCUUCGGGAGAGCCUCGUUCUGGGCCCCCAAGAUUUCUAAGACCCCGAGCGUGCCGUGAGGGGGUGAAGGAGCUUCCAGGGAGUUCGCUGCACCCCUGCCCUCCCGCCCUCCCUUCAUCCGCUCACCAAAGAUCCCCUGCUGCCCCAGCCCUGCCCUAGUCCAGAACCCAUCCGUGGCCCCCUCUGGCCCAAUGCUGCCAGCAGAGCCUGAGCCCAAGGCUGCUGGGUACGCCCCUGCUCGUGUUCCUCUCUGCUUAGCGGGGUACACGUGGAGACACUGAGGCACAGAGACUCGUCACUUAUCUAGAGAAGCCAAGCUAAGGCUAGAUCUCCCCUAGAACCUUGCUAGAAAGAGCCAGGGUCAGUCACCAAGCACCACCCCAAGGACAGCCAACGGUGUGCAUUCACCGGAGGGAUCCCUUCGUGUGCUGUGUCGUGGGUGCCACAGCAUGAGCGUGGAGGGUGUGGCCUUUGUCCUCUGCCAGUCACCUCCGACACCCACAGCCCUGGUGGACAGCCAGCAGAUGUCCAUAUUGGCAGCCCACCCUCAAGGGUACCACACUGCAGGGUGUUUGUUCCUGGGGCUACCGAAGCCAAAGCCGCCUCCUCUCCGGCAUACGCCAGCAUUCUUCUUUCCAUUUUAUUUAUUGAUCCUCUAAAACCCUAACGAGGAGGGCAUUGGGAGAGAGGCAAAGUCUGCCCCAAGAGGAGGCUCGGUGGGCAGCAUUGGAAGGCCCAGGUGCUGCCUAAUGGCACUGCCAUGCCAGCGAGAAAGGCGAAGGCUUCUCCCAGUGAGCCUCGCAGACCACGGCCCUGACGCCACCCAGCUCGCUCAUGAAGCAGGCUGCAAGAUGGGUGUUCACGUUUCGGGUUGAUUUUUCCCCCUAGCUGGCAGACACGUGCACCUACAUUUCUGGGUCCCUGCUCUGGCAUCUUAGUCUAUAUGCCGGCCAGCACCAGAUGCAGAAUCUGCCUUCACAGACCCCAGGAGGGAAGUGGAGGCACCAGUUAGAAGUGGCUUCGUCUCCUCUGUCACCUUACCUGCUGGAAAAGUUAGAACUGCCUUCUCCAGGGGUGUUCAGGCAGAGGCAGGGAGAGAACAGGUGGGGCCCAGCCCCAGGGAUUGCCAGAGCAGGCCCUGGUUACUCACCUGCCUGAAGCUGGGGGCCGUUGGGGCCUUCCAAAUUCCUGUGGGGUUUGGUGUCUUCCCAGGAGGUUGUGAAGGGCCGCCCGAGGAUGGCUGGCUGGGAGGUGAAGGAAUUUGCCAGGGCACUCACCGCCGCUCUCUCACAAACGCCAGCUUCCUGCUUACCGUCUUUGAAACCAAGGGGAGACGGAUAUGGGCUUAGCCCCUCCCUUGCCCUGGGAUUCUUCAUCACUGGAACGGGGGGGGGGGCUGGCUGCCUGGCCGGGAGAUGGUCUUCCCGCUGCCAGGCCCCCUCUCUGCCCCGGGUGGUCAUGCUGACCCCUCGCCUCCAGGCCUUUUCUGUCCCUGCCAAGGCCAGGGGCAGCAGGCUUGCUGAGGAAGGAGCGUGGCCUUACUCAAGACAAAGUGGAGGCAGGCAGGCAGGCAGACGUGUUGAGGUAAUCCUAACGAACAGAAGCACGGGCCCUGGGGAGGAAUGGAGGACGUCCGGGACAGUCAUCAUAAGCACUGGCACUGGGCGGGGGCUCUCCAUUCCCUGUGCGGUCCCCCGUGAUGCCGUCCUGGGGGUUGUGGACAGGCUGGUGCUCAGCAGGCACACGCAUUCGGCCUAGAUGGGGAGGCCCUGGCAGUAAAUGCCCCAGGGGAGCUCCAGUGGCGGGGAGUAGGGAGAGAGAAAGGGGGGACAGUGAGAGAGUUGAAGAAGGAGGCCGGCAGACAGCAGCUCCCCCACCCCCAGCCUAUCAGACCCCAGGGAGAGACCCUGGAAGAAGCCCCUGGAAUGUGCUGUCAUUUUAGAGCAGUAGGGAGUGACGCCCUCAUUCGUUGCCUGGUUUUCAGUAUCCCC